AGAUGUUGGAAAAGUUCAACAAGUAUUGGAGUGAAUAUGUUAUGGUACUGGCAUUUGGAGUUAUAUUUGAUCCAAGAUAUAAGUGGGAAUUUGUGGACUUUGCUUUAAAGAAGGUACAUGGGGAAACAGAAGGAGAAAGGAUGUCUAGUGAAGUACUAACCCACUUUGCUCAACUAUAUAGAGAAUAUGAAGACCCUACCAUUGUUAGACAUUCUAAUUGGAGCGGUACUGGGGGCACACAAUCUGUUGUUGAUGAUAAUGAUUCAGAUAUCGCGGAAUUUGCAUCUUAUGAUUACAUUGAUUCAUCAAAGACUGAGAUUGACGUGUAUUUACGAGAGCAAAGAAUGCCACUCUCAUGUAAGACGGAUGUGUUGAAUUAUUGGAGCGAAAAUUCAGUUCGGUUCCCUGUACUUUCUUCCAUGGCCAGAGAUGUUUUAUCUAUUCCAAUCACCACUGUUGCCUCGGAAUCAACAUUUAGUAUGGGAGGGAGGAUUUUAAACAAAUGGAGAAGCUCUCUCAAAUCAAAAAAUGUAAAUGCUUUAGUGACGUGUAAAAAUUGGUUAACUGGAUAUGAAGAUAUUGAAGAAGAAGGAGCAUCCGUUAACAUUCUAAUUGAUUCUGAUGAUGAAGAAGAUACAUAAGGCAGGAUUUUGUUAUCUUUAGAUAAGAAUCAGUUAUAAUAUCUUUGUCUUCUCAAAGGCACUUUUUUUUAAUAUUUAGACUCUUAGUAGUUUUGUUGUUAGUUACUUGUUUUUAGAUUUUUCUUAACGGAAAUUUCAUGAAAUGCCCUCGAGUUUUGCCAUAAUUCACCAAACGCCCAUCAAGUUUCAAUAAUUCAUAAAAUACCCCUCACAAUUCGUACAAAUACCCAACAUACCCUUACUAAUAACGGGCCGUUAGUCUGCCGUUAGCCAAGUUUCCAAUUCACCCAAAUGCCCCUAUUCUGAAACUUAUUUCACCAAAUGCCCCUAUUAGGAAACUUAUUUCACCAAAUGCCCCAAAUUUAAAUAUAGCUAUUCUGAUGUUCCGGCGGCUAGUUUUUGUGUUUGAAAAGUGGUUCUUGGUCAUGGUUGGCUAUAAAAACCCCUUUGCUGAAUGGUUCUUGUAUUUUAGAUGUUAUUUUACUUUACUUUGCUAAUUUCAUAAGAUUUGUGUCAUGAGUUUUCUUUCAAAAUCAUCUUCCACACCCAAUGAGUCCACAUAUAUUAGGGUACCUAACAAAUUUUGUUAUUGUGGUAGGAAUGGAGGUUGAAGUUUGGUAGGUACUCUAAUAUAUGUGGACUCAUUGGGUGUAGAUGAUGAUUUUGAAAGAAAACUCAUGACAAAAAUCUUAUGAAAUUAGCAAAGCAAAUCAAAAUAACAUCUAACUUACAAGAACCAUUCAGCAAAGGGGCUUUUAUAGUCAACCGUGACCAACAACUACCUUUCAAACACAAAAACUAGUCGCUGAAACAUCAAAAUAGCUAUAGUUAAGUUUGGGGCAUUUGGUGAAAUAAGUUUCACAAUAGGGGCAUUUGGUGAAAUAAGUUUCAGAAUAGGGGCAUUUGGGUGAAUUGAAAACUUGGCUAACGACAGACUAACGGUCCGUUAUUAGUAAGGGUAUGUUGGGUAUUUGUACGAAUUGUGAGGGGUAUUUUAUGAAUUAUUGAAACUUGAUGGGCGUUUGGUGAAUUAUGGAAAAACUCGAGGGCAUUUCAUGAAAUAUCCGUUUUCUUAAUCUGGGUGUGAUUAGGAUCUAGAACUCACUCUUGUUAGUAUUGU